AUGCUCACAGAAAGUUUUGUGCAGAAAAUCCCAAAUGGCUUCGCUAGGAAAUAUGGAGGUGAUAUGUCAAACCCAAUGUCUAUUAAGCCUCCAGAUGGCACUGAAUGGAAAUUAUAUUGGAAUGAACAUGGUUCUGAUAUUUGGUUUCAAAAAGGUUGGAAAGAAUUUUCGAAAUAUUACUCCCUGGAUCAUGGGCACUUGGUGUUGUUUGAAUACAAGGAUGCUUCUCAUUUUGGGGUACAUAUAUUUGAUAAGAGUACUCUUGAGAUAGAAUAUCCUUCACAUGAGAAUCAAGAUGAAGAGCACAACCCUGAUCAAAUUGAUGAUGACUCAGUUGAGAUAUUGGAUAAGAUACCUCCUUGCAAGAAGACUAAACGGAAAUCACCAAUUUCAUGUCCUCAACCACGUAAGAAAUUGAGAACCAGCACUAGUGAAGAUGUUGGAAGAAGACCCAAAUUGCAAAAGUUUCCUAAGCAACACCUAGUUGGAGGUAAUCAGUCUCAAGGUACAAACUUUGAGGAGUCAACAUUGGAAAUGGAACCUGUCCAUAAUGAGUUGGAGGAUGAUGCAGGUGGAACCACUGAAUGCCUUAAAGGGGAACACUUAACUUCUAAAACCACUAAACCUUUGAAAAGAGCCGGAGCCCUCAGAUUUGGAAAUUCCUUCUUCACCAUUACGAUGAAACCUUACAAUAUUGAUGGAUGUGCCUUGGUUAAAAUCCAGCAUAUCCCAUCACAAUUUGCAAAGAAACAUUUGAAGAAGAAAAGAGAAAUUCUCCUUCAGGUCUUGGAUGGGAGAACUUGGUCUGUUACUUAUAAUCUCUGCAAAUUUUGUGCUGGAUGGAAGAAGUUUGCAUUAGAUAAUAAAUUGAAGGUGGGGGAUGUAUGCCAUUUUGAGCUGAACAAGAGGGGAGGCCAUUCACUGAAAUUUAAAGUAUCGAUCUUUCCAGUUGCAGAAGAACAGCAUUCCCCUCGAUCACAAGAAGAUGCGGAUGGAACCACUGAAUGCCUUAAAGGGGCUCACCUGACUUCUAAAACCACUGAAGCAUUGAACAGAGCUGGAACCCCCGGAUCUGAAAAUGCCUUCUUCACCGUUAUGAUGAAACCUUACAGUGUUUAUGAUCGUUGCUUGGUUAAAAUCCAGCGUAUCCCAUCACACUUUGCAAAUAAAUAUUUGAAGAAGAAAAGGGAUAUCGUGCUUCAAGUCUUGGAUGGGAGACCUUGGUCUGUUUGUUAUAAUCUCUACAAAUUUAGUGGUGGAUGGAAGGAGUUUGCAUUAGAUAAUAAAUUGAAGGUGGGGGAUGUAUGCCGUUUUGAGCUGAACCAGAGUGGAGGCCUUUCACUGAAGCUGAAAGUAUUGAUCUUUCCAGCUGCAGAAGAACCACAUUCCCCUCGAUCACAAGGUAGUUGA